AUGGUCGGAGUCCCCCAUAGCACAGGGUGCUCGCUGUGCCGCGAAAGACGGAUCAAGUGCGACGAGGCCGUCCCCCAAUGCUCGCAAUGCCGGAAAUACGGCCGCCCGUGUCCAGGCUACCGCCGCACCUUUCGCUUCCAGGACGAAGGACCAGCCCUCCAACGACGGCACCAGUCACGGUCCCAGUCUCGCAGACGGCCAGAGUCAACCACAGAUGCUGCAGCGGCAGCUGCAGCAGCCGUUCGCAACAACGCCAUCGCAAUGAUGCGCCAGACCCGCUCAGAAGACCCCUCCUCCGCCGCCCAAACCCAAACCCACCUCCACCAAAUGCAACUGCAAAUGCAAAUGCAACUCCAACAACCACACCUCUUCGCCUCCUUUCUCCACUCCGCCUUUCCAACGCUCUACACCUCCAACAUCUUCCGCGCACACAACCGCCCCGACUUCCUCGCGCACGUCGCCUCCUCCUACGCCUCCGGCGCAGCCCCCUACCUCGCCGCCACCCUCGCCUGUCUCACGUCAAUCUACACCGCGCAGUUCUCCCCCGAUCCCGCGCAGUACACCCGGCGCAGCCGCCAGCUGUACGCGCACGCACUCACACACGUUGUCGCGGCACUGCACUCCCCCGCUGCACUGUCCGCCCCGCUGUUAGCCACCAUCAUGAUGCUCGCGGUGUACGAGAUGUACGCGCGGACCUCGCCGGACGCGUUCAUCGUGCAUGUUGAUGGUGUGAGGAGGAUCAUGCUAGCGAGGGGGCCGGGUCUGCACUUCACCGACGACAACGACAACGACAGCCAGCCACACACUCCCACCAGCGCCAGCGGCGAACAACCACCAGCUAGCGCGAGCGCUGGAGCGGGAGCCGAAGGCCCCGGCUUCGCGCGCGGCUGCUACAUCGCCUUCCGCGGCUUCCUCGUCGCAACCGCCAUCUACGAGGGGCGCGCGUGCUUCCUAGACGAGGAGGAAUGGCUGCGGUUUGCGGGGAGGAUCCGCGCCGAGGAUGUGCGCAAGGCGGGGCGCGAUGCGCGCGUGGUGGAUGUUUGUGAGCGGAUUUGGAUGGAGGUUGUGCGGUGUCCGAGGUAUUUUGCCGAGGCCUCGCCGGAGGACUUCCCGGAGGACUUCUCGGAGGGAGAGAACCCCGUGGAGGGUGAAGGCGUGGGUGAGGGGCUGGUAGCCAGGGUGCGGGCGACCAAGGGCCGGCUGGUUCGGUUGGUUCAAGAGCUGCGGGGGGUAAUUGGGCCAAGUGGUCGAGGGGAUACUGGCCCCGGGCUCCUACUCCAGGGGGCGGAGGAUAUGGUGGCUGCGUUGCAGAGCCUGCUGGUUUGGCUUCGGGUUGGUCGACGCCGAGGAGGCUUCUGCGUGGUGUCGGACUUUCAGCGCGGGGUGUCGAGUGCGUCGAGCGAGGCUUUGCCUGUCACUUGGCUGGACCGGGUGGCGUCUUCGAUGGGGGUGAUAGGCCUGAGGAUUAUCUGGGAGGAUAGCAUAUAG